GCUGAAGCUUCAGCUUCAGCUUCUGCUGCGAUUAGACGCUGACCCGCUUCUCCAACUGCGCCGCCGUUAAGCCAAACAGUAAACAAUCGCGUCUUGGCUGCGGCAGCAGUUUGUCACCCUAGACUUGAAAACCGAGGAAAGAUCUGAAAUUGUUGGAGGCAUGUCACCAUUGCUGCGCGCCUUGGGCAGACAAACGUGUCUAUUGCUGAUCUGUCUGUGUCUGUUAGAUGCGCUCGAGACGCAGUACGAGUUCCAUGAGCAGCAAGUGCAGCAGCGCAUUAUCGAUGAGCAGCAUCGGCUGCAUCAGCAGCAAAUGUGGCUGAAGCAGCAGCGCGAGGCGCAGGACCAACUGCGACGUUAUUCCUCCACGACAAGCACGAGGAAGCCUUAUAUAAUGCCACAAGGUCUCUCGCUGCCACAACGUGGCGUGUAUCCGGAGAAAUGCUAUCGCGAGGUGCCCGCUGUUUUCUUCCAAGUUGACAAGCAAGUCAAGAUCGUUGGCAACAGCACCAACAAUCGCUUCUUCAAUGUGAUCGAGGUCUGCUGCAAGGGCUGGCGUCGCUACGAGUACGACUGGAGUCGCUGUGUGCCGGACUGCGGAGAACGCUGCCGGGAGAAUGGCUUCUGUCUGCCCGGCGGCAUUUGCAAGUGCUUCGACGACUUUGUGCUCAACUAUCGCAACAACUGCGUGCCCACCUGCCCACUGGGCUGUCCACACGGCCAAUGCUAUCUCAACGGCACCUGCCGCUGCGACAAAGGCUUCGAGCUGGACGGCUCGCGCAAGUUCUGCCAGCCGCAGUGCAAUCAAACCUGCAGCCACAAUGAGAUCUGCCUGGAGCCAGGCAAAUGCGUCUGCGCCGAGGGCUAUGCUCGUGGCCUGCGCGAAUCCAACGUCAUGGGCUGCCAGCCCAUGUGUGUGCCUGACUGCGGCUACGGACACUGCGUUGCGCCCAAUCAAUGCGAAUGCUUUCCGGGCUAUCAGAAGCGUCUCAAUCGCACCUCCUGCGAAGCCAACAGCUAUCUCCGCUGCGAGAACGGCUUCUGCGCCAAUCGCACCCACUGCGUCUGCCAGAAUGGCUAUCGCUUUGACCUCAACACCACCAGCUGCCUGCCCGACUGCGGCUACGACUGCGACAAUGGGGUCUGCAUCUCUCCGGGCAACUGCCGCUGCUUCAAUGGCUACGAGCGCAAGCGCCAGCGUUGCGAGGCCAUCUGCGAACGUGGCUGCGGCUUCUAUGGCACCUGCAUAGCGCCCAAUGUGUGCGGCUGUGCCCGCGUCCAAGGACCUGAGAGCAGCUAUCAGAACUGCGAGCUGGGCUAUUGCAAUGGCGAGGGCCACUGUCGCUGCCUGGAGGGCAAGACGCGCUUCAUCGACAAGUGCAUGUCGCCCGAUAGUGUCACUACCUAUGCCUCCCAGAAUCCCAUACGCGUGAAUGCCUCGCUGAUCCACGAGUUUGAUCUGCUGCUGGGCCGUUACUUCGUCUUGGGCUCAGCCGACUGGUACUGGGGGGAGUGAGCAAUAGCGAUAGCGAUUUGAAAUACUCUAAGCUUCUAAUUUAUGUCGCUGCUUAUCAGCAGCUUGUGGGGCUGAUACCUAAGCUUAAGUGUACCCUCUUUGAAAAUACAAAUCGACUGCCCAUGUCGAGC